AUGGUACACAUCUUCCUGGACAAAGAGUCUUCUAGAGAAACCUUUGCCUUCAAAUUCUCCACGAGUCCAUCACUCAAGUUCUCCUUCGACCAGCCAAUAUCAGUCCCGAUCCCAUCAAACCGACCCUUCAAACGUCGUCGAGCUCUCUCUGAUGUCGAUGGAGAGGGAAAUGAAGGGCGGAAGAAGAGACGUUUGAGGUUGCAUCUCAUCACCUCCCGUCUAAGCCGUCCGUUCUCACAGCCGGCAUCCAAUAUUGUCAACCGUGGUCUCAACAAGAUACCAGUUUGGGGAGCCAAGAGCAGAGCGCUGAGCAAGAACCUUUUGAGGAAGGCCGCAAUCAUGAAUCGAGUACGAAAACGAAUGGAUGCUGCGAGAGACUUUAUCCGUAUGGAGCAGGAGAAGACUAGAGAGAGAAUAUCGUUGCGAGAGAUCGUUUUCCAGAAGCCUCGAUGUCUUGAAGCACCACUUCCACCAUCUCCGUUAGGCUUGUCCAACUACGAUGCGUUGGACUUAGAGGACGAAGAGUCGGGGGACUGGCAAACGGACGGUCUCGAUAGCCUCGACAAGAUGAUAUAUAGCGACUUCAAUAUCAUGAAUCCCAUAUCGGACAGAGACGAUGAUGCUCUCGAUGAUUAUCUAGACGCUUUGGACGGUAUCUCGCCGCAAGAUUUGCCGGACACUCCACCGGCGCCACCGGAGGAAGAGUGUAUCGUUGAGAUGUUGAGAGAGGAUUGCCAAGGCGAAGGGUUCUUCGUCCAAAUCAGAGACUGA